CCCCAUCCUGGAACUUUUUCUCUUCACCCUUCCAGUUUCUCUCCCCUACGAUGACCAAAUCACCAAACAUCCGCCACCCUUCCUUCCUGUCCCUUCUCCUCCUCCACCUCCUCCUCCUCCACCUCGCCAAGGCUCGUUCGGAGCCGAACGCCACCACCCCAUUCCCCUGCGAGACCUACGCAUUCCCCUCCUUCACCGAUAGCAACGAGAACAACUUCACCAUCUUUAACGACGCUAGGAUCGACACCGUGAAAGGCGCCCUCCAAAUCACCCUCGACACCACGAACAACCCCGAAAAUUCCCUCCCCAACAACACCGGCCGGGUCUUCUUUAAGUAUCCUUUCAAGCUCUGGGAGGACCGAGGCCACCCCGAUAGAUACGUUGCCUCCUUCAACACCAUCUUCUCCAUCAACAUCUACCGCCCGAACAACGCGACCCCCGGCGAAGGCUUGGCCUUCGUCAUCUCUCCCGAUGCCGCCGAUCCGCCGCCGGGCAGCGAUGGCGGAUACCUCGGCCUCACUAACGCCACCACCGACGGCAACUCCGCCAACAAGUUCGUUGCUGUCGAGCUAGACACGGUGAAGGAGUCCUACGCCAAAGACCCCGACAACAACCACGUCGGCCUCAACUUAAACAGCGUCGUCUCCAACACCACAACCCGGUUGGCGCCAUUAAACAUCACGAUCGCCACCCUAGGAGACGGCACCAACUACACCGUAUGGAUCGAUUACAAUGGCACCGCUCGCCAUAUCUCGGUCUACAUGGGCGUGCGCGGCCGAUCGAAGCCAAACUUCACCGUCCUCGAUGCCCCGCUCGACAUCAGCAACUACGUCAAACAGUCGUCCUACUUCGGGUUCUCGGCCUCCACCGGCGUCACUUAUCAGCUCAACUGCGUGCUGGAUUGGAACAUAACGAUCGAGAAGCUCCCUGACGACCGGAAACCGGGCUGGUGGAAGUGGUACCUUGUUGGCGGUCUGGCUCUCAUGGCAGUACUGGUGGUAGCUAUUCUGCUCUGGGUGGCGCGUUCUCAGAGAAGGAAGAGGGUGGGGGUGGUCGAUGGCCGGGUAUUGAGUGACAAGCUCAAGAGCCUCCCUGGGAUGCCGAGGGAGUUCAAGUUCGAGACGCUAAAGAAGGCUACCAAUAAUUUUGAUGAGAAAAUGAAGCUGGGGGAAGGGGCAUUCGGGAAGGUGUACAAGGGGUUGCUGCCGAAGGAGAAGGUAACGGUGGCAGUGAAGAAGUUCUCGAGGGACAGCAGCAAAGGGCAGGAUGACUUCCUGGCCGAGCUCACCAUCAUCAAUUGCCUACGCCACAAACACCUUGUCCCUCUGCUUGGGUGGUGCCAUAAAAACGGUAUGCUGCUGCUGGUCUACGAGUACAUGCCCAACGGUAGCCUGGACAAGCACCUGCUCUGCGGCCCCAGCCGGCCGCUGCUCCCAUGGGACCACCGCUACAACAUCCUCACCGGCGUCGCCUCCUCCCUCCACUACCUCCACUACGAGUACAAUCAGAUGGUCGUCCACCGCGACAUCAAGUGCUCCAACAUCAUGCUCGACUCCGCCUUCGACGCCCGCCUCGGCGACUUCGGCCUCGCCCGCGCCCUCAACACCGACAAGACCUCCUACACCGACCUCGACGUCGCCGGCACCACCGGCUACAUCGCCCCGGAAUGCCUCCUCACUCACAAGUUCACGCGAGAGUCCGAUGUCUAUGCCUUCGGGGCCGUCAUCCUCGUCGUCGUCUGCGGCCGCCGCCCGGUCUUCCCCAACUUCCAGCCCCUCGUUGACUGGGUCUGGCGCUUCCACCGCGACGGCCGAAUACUCGACGCCGUCGAUCCCCGGCUUGGGAGUGGAUACACGCCGGAGGAAGCGGAAAGGCUGCUCCUCCUUGGCCUGGCCUGCAGCCACCCGAACCCCGGCGAUCGGCCCAAGACACAGGCCAUCGUGCAGAUCAUUUCCAAGUCGGCGUCGCCGCCGGAGGUGCCGACGUCCAAGCCGGCUUUCGUGCUGCCGGCGGAGGCCAUCGACGAGGGGGGCACGUCAAGCAGGUUGACCAGCACUGCCGGGACGUCGUCGGCCGGCGAGUGGGCCAUGCAGAGCCUCAGCCGGGAGGCGCCGGUGGGGGAGAGGGACAUCUCCAGGGUGUGACGGGUCAUCCAGUCAAAGAUGGAAUCGGAUCUUUUGGAAUGCCGACAAGACCGGACAAUUCACGCGUUGCUUCUGGUUUGGUUUUUAAAUUUUAAUGGCGCUGGAGCUUGCGUGGGUUGUUUUUUUUUUGGUUAGUUUUUUUUUUCUCAACUUCUGUAUAUAAAUUUUAGCUUUUGGAACUCUUCCUCAGUCUACUACUCUGUGUUGGUCACAAUUACAGAAGUAAUGUUUGCUUACUCCGCAUAUGUGUGAUAAGCGAAGAGGAACAGCUAUAAUGUUAUAUAUAGAGAAUUAGAAAGUGAUAUAUAGGAGAGGAAAAGUUUCCUUGUGAUUUCUAGGA